CGUGUCCAGAUUGGCUUGCUCUGGAGGCGGGCUCAGGACUCAUUUGAAACUAGGACCACUUCCUGAAGCUCAAGGCAGGAAGUCAUCUGGUCUCGCUGGAGUCCCGUGGAGAAAGUGCUGUCUGCCGCCUUGGUGGUGGCGAGAGCCCGCGGUGGGUCGGCGGACUGGCUGUUUGGUCUCGCCACAGCUAGGGGCCCGUUUCCAUCGCAGCACCACGGCCCGCUCCUCCAGCCCAGACCCCGGCGCGGCUGCCCGGGGGGCUUCUUCAGGCUCCUUGACGCCGCUCCAAGGGGCACCUAUCUGGGCAUCGCCUGGGCUUCCAGCCAGGGGACUGGCUCCUGGCUUCAGUACUCCGGGCCACAGUAAGAAGUGCCCUUUUCAACUCGCCCUCUGCCUCCCUCCCUGAGCCAUCGAGAGCCUGGUCCAGAGCGACAGCCUUGGACCUGGGACUAGACAGAUCCAAGACGCUCAGCCCUGGCCCCCCACAGACGGGGCUCUGCAUCGUUUCUGACAUGUCACCCACCAUCUCCCACAAGGACAACAGUCGGCAACGACGGCCAGGGACUUUCAACCACUCUCUAGAUAUGAUGAGCGGUCCUCUGCCGCCGGGUGCCUGGGAUGAUAAUCAUUCAGACUUGGUGGGCGGGGAAGGGGACAAAGAAGCUCUUCUGCGGGAUAUCGGCGCUAGUGACUUCUCAAAACCCCCACGGAGCUGCCGGGCGGAAUUAGGCAGCAUUUUGCUGUUGCUCUUUCUUUAUGUGCUUCAGGGCAUUCCACUGGGCCUGGCGGGAAGCAUCCCACUCAUUCUGCAGAGCAAAAAUGUUAGCUAUACAGAUCAAGCUUUCUUCAGUUUCGUUUUUUGGCCCUUCAGCCUCAAAUUGCUCUGGGCCCCGUUGGUUGAUGCGGUUUACUUUAGGAGCUUCGGUCGUCGCAAAUCUUGGCUUGUCCCUACACAGUAUAUACUGGGACUCUUCAUGAUAUAUCUCUCCACUCAAGUGGACGAUUUGCUCGGAAAUACAGAUGGCAGAACCCCCGAUGUGGUUGUUCUCACUGUGACAUUCUUUUUGUUUGAAUUCUUGGCAGCUACUCAGGACAUCGCUGUGGAUGGUUGGGCGUUAACCAUGUUAUCCCGGGAAAACGUGGGUUAUGCUUCUACCUGCAAUUCGGUGGGCCAAACAGCUGGUUACUUUUUGGGCAAUGUUUUGUUCUUGGCCCUUGAAUCUGCCGACUUUUGUAACAAAUACUUGCGGCUUCAGCCUCAACCCAGGGGAAUCGUUACUCUUUCAGAUUUCCUUUUCUUCUGGGGAACUGUAUUUUUGAUAACAACAACUUUAGUUGCCCUUCUGAAAAAAGAAAACAAGGAAAUGUCAGUAGGAAAAGAAGAAACCCAAGGGAUCACAGAUACGUACAAGCUGCUUUUUGCAAUUAUAAAAAUGCCCGCAGUUCUGACAUUUUGCCUUCUGAUUCUAACUGCAAAGAUUGGUUUUUCAGCAGCAGAUGCAGUAACAGGACUGAAAUUGGUAGAAGAGGGAGUACCCAAAGAACAUUUAGCCUUAUUGGCAGUUCCAAUGGUUCCUUUGCAAAUAAUAUUGCCUCUGAUUAUCAGCAGAUAUACUGCAGGUCCCCAGCCACUAAACAUAUUUUACAAAGCCAUGCCCUACAGAUUAUUGCUUGGAUUAGAAUAUGCUCUACUGGUUUGGUGGACUCCUAAAGUAGAACAUCAAGGGGGAUUCCCUAUAUAUUACUAUAUUGUAGUGCUGCUGAGUUAUGCAUUACAUCAGGUUACAUUAUAUAGCAUGUAUGUUUCUAUAAUGGCUUUCAAUGCGAAAGUUAGUGAUCCACUUAUUGGAGGAACAUAUAUGACCCUUUUAAAUACUGUGUCCAACCUGGGAGGAAACUGGCCUUCUACAGUAGCUCUUUGGCUGGUGGAUCCCCUCACAGUGAAAGAGUGUGUGGGAGCAUCAAAUCAGAAUUGCCGAACACCUGAUGCUGUUGAGCUUUGCAAAAAACUUGGUGGCUCAUGUGUUACAGCACUGGAUGGUUACUAUGUGGAGUCCAUUAUUUGUGUUUUUAUUGGAUUUGGUUGGUGGUUCUUUCUUGGUCCAAAACUUAAAAAGUUACAGGAUGAAGGACCAUCUUCAUGGAAGUGCAAAAGAAGCAAAUAAUGUAUUCACUACUGGACAUUCUAGAAAGGUAACUCUAGUUUAGUUUUAACUCAGAGAGUUAUGAUAAUCAGUGUAUAGGAGUAUAAAAUAUUAUUUUAAACAGGAAAUUAUUAAUAUAAAAUGCCAAAUGGUUAAAAAUAUAGAGACCUCUGUAUAUUUAAAUAUACUUUCCCUUGCCUUGUCAAUGUAUUUACAGUUUACUUAAGGUCAGGAAAUUGGUACUAAAACAACUUUUCUGGUCUUGUUAUUUGAUUUAUAUCUUUUUAAUUUACUGACCAAAGCAUGUUUUAAGCUGCAAUGCAGUAGUCAUGGGUGGUAACCAUGCAGUCAAGUAUUGUUAUCAGUACCUAUCAUUGAGCUAUACUAAAAUGUUUGGUAAAAUACAUUAAAUGGAACAGAGCUUGAUAUUAAGGUACUAACUACAACUAGUUUGGCCUUGUUGGCAGUUAAAUCUUAUUUUGAAUUGCAGAUUGGUUAAAUUUUAUGUGAAAUUUGCUGAGAAGAGAAUGUAAACUACUGAAAUAACAUUUUAGUUGUUAUUUUUCUGACCAUAACCACAUUGUGCUAAUGAAUCUGUGUUAAAAACUAUUUUAAAUGUAUUUCCUGUUUUUGUAAGCAUUAGAUUUAUAAAAAGAUUAUUCAAACUAUUUUUUAUAAAAUGAAAGCUAUGACUUUUAAUUUAUUGAUUCCCCUCCCCACUCCCCCAUUUUGGAAGAUAUUUUCAUUCCUUGUUAACUUUUACCCUAAAGCUUACGUGUGUUUUUUGUCAUAAGUGCUUCAUGGCACAUGGACAGCUCACAGGGGGAUCAAAUUUAACGUUGUAUGUAUGUUCAUGGCAAAGUUUUGACAAUAAAAAUUAAACAUUUUUCUUC